UAGUUAAUUCAACUAUAUUCUUCUAUCAGUGUGACCUUUCGCGUGGUGACCUCGCAUGUGCCAUUACGGCGCCCUUGACCGUCACGUGGCACGUCUCUCCAUUGUUAUCGAUAUGUGAUAUUGCAAUGCUAAUGCUAAUGCGAACGCUGAUAUUGAUAACAGCCGGAGCGCGCUAAAAAUAAUAUCGUUUACGCGCCAAGUGCUCGCUGCGAAGGGUGCAAAAUAUGAGUUUCCCUCGGCGCAUCGCUUAAUGCGCGAACACACAGAGUUCACCGUUUCCACACCGUGGAAAUGCGAAAUCAAAUAGUGGUCAAGGUACCGGCCGACGCUUUCGCAAUGGACAAAUGUGCGCUCCGCGCUUACCGGGUUAUCUCGAGUCAAUUGUUCGCUCGCUGAAAUUGCAUCAAGUUUCGCUUAAGAGUGCCCGUUGUUACCGUUGUGGAUUUUUCAGCCACGGUUACCAUCACGAUGUUGCAAACGAGGGUCCGGAGGCCCGACGAGGUCGAGCGGUUCACCUGAACGGUCGUUGACCGUCUCUCUUCCCCCCCGCCCCCCGGGAAGGAAUAUCCAAGACAAAAAGAAAGGACACCAAAUACGCGGGAGGAGGAGGAGGAAUGGGCCCUUGGGCCUUCGGCGUACCGGUCAUCCUCGUCUCAACUGCGGGCCUGCUUCUCAACGGCUGCGUUCUCCUCGUCGUUCUCUGUCUUGGUAAACAGACUCAGCAGCAGCAAACAGCGAACACCCUGCUACUGAUUCAUUUGGGUGCCGUAGAAGCCGCGGUGUGUCUGAUAUUACUAAUUUUCACGACCGGCCCCUGGCCCGUAGCCGGCACUUGGUGCGUCCUUCACGGAUUCCUCUUAGCGCUCUUACACCCCGUCGCUCUUUGGACCGUAACCGGAUUAAAUUGUGACAGGUAUUACGCGAUUGCCGCACCGUUGCAUUACGCCGCUCUGGUCUCCCCGCGCCGCGUGGCCGUUGGAUUGGUCGCCUCUUGGACAGGUGCUCUGCUUCUAUGCUUGCCGCCAUUCUCGGGUCUGGUGCCGCCCUACAGGUAUAGUCCAGGACUGGGUUGCUGCGCCCCAGAUUUCGGGAACGACACCUGGGGCUCCGCCGCGGCGCUCUACGGCGCCGUUUACGCUAUCCUGGGAUUGGGCCUGCCAGCCGUCCUCGUGACGGUCUGCAAUUUACGCGUAUUGGGCAUAGCGCGGUAUCAUCGGCAUCGUAUCGCCAGCGCGAUCUACGAGGUCACCCUGAGCGCCCAGGUGACCAUCACCCACCAGCGUAAUCCGUUUUUCGUGCCGACCGUCACCGCACCCUCGGCCGGCGGACCGCCGCGAUUUCACAGCGCCGCCAGCACGGUGAUGCAACUGGUCGGCUCCCUGUACCUGCUCUACUUUCCGUACUGCGGGCUCAUCCUCUGGGAGGCUUGCAGCGCCGCUAACCAGCACCGUCUCCACGCGCACCCCAGGCUCGCCUCUUUGGCUUCGUUUCUACUCGCGUGCUCGCCGCCCAUCAACUGCCUGCUCUAUGGCCUGAAGUCGCAAACCCUGCGACGAUCCGUGCAGAACUACUGGCGGAAAAAGGCGACCAAGUCCGAGCUGCAGCAGGAGAUACAGGCGAGAACGCCGAGCGUCGCGGGUUCCAGGCGGCCUUCCGGCAGCGGGAACGCUUCCUUCUUCCCUUUCCCGCCCUUGCAACGGCGUCUCAGCGAGGCGUUAUUGGCUCUCGGCUCGUGCAGAAGCGGAGGUACUUUCGGAAGCAAUAACCUCGGCUUCCACCGCGGCAGAUUGCAGCCCGCCGCGUCGUGCAACACCCUCCGAGUGCCAGCCACCGAAUCAGGUGAGCCGAGCAAACUGGUGAGGGCGAGUGCGAGCGCCGCCAGUCUGAUGGGUCCUCAUUAUCGGAGCGACUUUAUCGGGGCGGAUUUGGACGCGGGAUGCUCCAUAGCUAUGUGCGAGACUCCGAGGCGGAGUCCGAGGAUUCUCAUAACGCGCGCGUACAGCGAGGAGAGCCAGGACGGAGGUAGUCCGCUCUUAAGGAAACCCUUCGCCUGCAAUACGAAUCCGCCGCCGUGCGAAAAACGCCGAUGGAGGCACUGCAGCACCGGCAGCGAGAGCAGCACGGGGAGCAGCGACGCCAGUGUGUGGACCACCGGUGUGCCACCCAAAUACGUCAAGAGCAACGCGAAGAGCACGGACGGCUGGUCGUCGUCGCGGCGGUACAUACGCGGCAAGAAUCUGGAAGAAGGCGCGCUGUCGAGCGUGAUUAGGCCGAGCAACAACAGCGAGAGCAGCGAUACCACAGAUACCACGACGGCCACGACUACGACCACCACGCUGCUCAAGUCCCUCGCCAUAGAAAAUAACGGGCAGGGCGACAGGGGGAAGGAGAAGGUGAACGGUAACAUGCAGAAGAGGGAGUACAGCGAGAGCGAGAGCAGUUGGAGCAGCGUCGAGGAGAUCGAGACCAAGGCGAUAACCGAGAGGAACGACGAGGAUUUCGCGAGGACGACGGACGAGCCGCGGACGAGACCUCCGCGACGAAAAUCGAAGGGAGGCAGCGCCGGCAAUCACGAGCCCGAAGUAGCCGAGGACCGUGAGAAAGCCGCGCAGCUGAGGCCCCUUCUGACCCCAUCCUCCUAAGCGCCUCCGCCUCCUAAACGUAUUUUCCUUUGGCUGAUCCUCGCUCAUGUCCCGGAUAAAACGAGACCUCGCCGUGUGUACGCACUUCAGCAACACUGAUACUCACGACGCAACACACACACACACACACACACACACAGGGAGUCCCGAAAUACAGGAGAUACCGAGAGAGAGAGAGAGAGAGAGAGAGAGGACGUGCCUCUCGUCACGAAUACACCCGAUGAGUUUGCGUAAAUAAAGGGUCGACUCGGGUGAAUCGCAAGCAAAUUAUUUUCGUAACUGGCGCGUAUAUUCGAGCACACGAUGGGGAGGGUAAUGUCCAAACGGCGACCUGUCCGUAUAUUUAGUAUCGCGCAAUGCAACUUUCAUCCUUUCUCGUGCGCUCCGGAAGAAGGAGGGAGAAAACGAGGAUUCGGCGCAUCCUUUAUGCUCGACGUCAACACAUAUAUCGACAUAUCCUGAAAUUAUAUUUUUGUACUUUUACUCUGCAACACCCACACACCCACACACACACCCACAC